GGGUGAGAUGGUUCAGUCCGCGAGCGCGCCGCGUCCGCACUCGUUUUUAUGACCAAGCGUGCAGAUAAAACACGCUCUCUUGAUUCUGUCAGCCAUUUAACCCGUCAAACGAUUCGCCCUUCUCUUUCAUUUCCCCGUGUUCUGAAUGAGGAGUGAAUAAAAUUCAGUCUAGCCAUGUCAGUUUCUGAGCCAGCGUCAGUGGACUCUGGCGGAGCGGGAGGGUACGGAGCCUUUUACCCGGCUGGAUACCAGGCGCUGAACCCGGAGGAGCACGGCCUAGACCGCGGCUUCCGACUCACGGCCUUCUCCGAUCUGAAGGGAUGAGGGUGUAAAGUCCCGCAGGAGACUCUGCUCAAACUCCUGCAGGGACUGGAGCCGGACGGCCCGCUCGAAGAGGACGGCGGCUCGGGGGCGGGUGUCGCAGAUGAUACCGCUGAAUUCGGACUUGUUUCAGUUGCUCAGGGUCCUCGACUAGGUAUUGGAAUGGACUCAUGUGUGAUCCCUCUGAGACAUGGAGGUCUUUCCCUGAUCCAAACCACAGAUUUCUUCUAUCCUUUAGUGGAGGAUCCUUACAUGAUGGGACGAAUUGCUUGUGCAAAUGUUCUGAGUGAUCUGUAUGCCAUGGGCAUCACAGAGUGUGACAACAUGCUCAUGCUUCUCAGCGUCAGUCAGAAGAUGAAUGAGAAGGAGAGAGAUCAGGUGAUGCCUCUAAUGAUGAAGGGCUUCCGUGAUGCGGCAGAGGAGGCUGGGACUUCGGUAACCGGGGGACAAACAGUCAUCAAUCCCUGGAUCAUCAUCGGGGGUGUGGCUUCUGUGGUGUGCCAGCCCAAUGAUUUCAUCAUGCCUGACAGUGCUGUACCUGGAGAUGUGUUAGUUCUGACUAAACCUCUGGGAACUCAAGUAGCAGUGAAUGCCCAUCAGUGGCUGGAUAUACCUGAGAAGUGGAACAAGAUAAAGUUGGUGAUAUCCAGGGAGGAGGUGGAGCAAGCUUAUCAGGAGGCUAUGCUCAGUAUGGCCACCCUCAAUCGCACUGCUGCUGCCUUAAUGCACAAAUUUAAUGCACACGCUGCCACAGACAUCACAGGCUUCGGGAUCAUAGGUCACGCACGGAAUCUCGCCCAGCAGCAGAAAAAUGAUGUUGCCUUUGUCAUUCACAACCUUCCCAUUAUCUCCAAAAUGGCAGCAAUCAGCAAGGCUGGUGGCAACCUGUUUGGGCUUUUGCAGGGCACCUCUUCUGAAACAUCAGGUGGUCUGUUGAUCUGCUUGCCGCGGGAGCAGGCGGCCCGCUUUUGUGCCGAGAUGAAAUCCAGUCGUGUGGGUUUUUCGGGAGCUGUGGGGCAGGACGGAGGGGCGGGCGAUGGGCAACAGGCUUGGAUCAUUGGCAUCGUGGAGAAGGGCAACCGUUGUGCCCGGAUCAUUGACAAACCUCGGAUCAUAGAGGUCCCGUACCGUGGCUCUGUGGUCAGCGCACAGGAGGGGAGCAACAAUAAUGCCAGUCCCCCUGAGGUGCAGCUGACCUAACAACUCCACAGCGCCACGGAGGCUCUCCCAGUUAUCCUCAGUGAGCUUGAUAGAUUUGAGUGUGUGUGGCCAUAACAGACAUGGAGUUUGUGUGAAGGACCGAGUAUGUGUGGUUACUCCUGCUGUCCAUUUCCUCCCCCUGUUCAACCAAAGGGUUGAGAGCAACAGACCAAAAAUAUUCUGAUUUACCUGGUGGGAGAUGGAACGGACAACAAGCAAACAUAUUUUCAUCUCUCAUUCUUUCAAACACACACAUCUCCACUUUGUUUCCCUUUUUUGUCAAUUGAGCUGUUUUUCAGCUGUUCUUUAAAAGAAUAGUUCACCCAAACAACACCCAAGCUGAGUUAUUACCCUCAUGUUGCUGAAAACCUGUAUGCUGCUAUAUGUUAAUUUGAAAAAAAAUUGUGGGACACCGGCUACACUUUUCUAUACAACUGAUCAUAGUGACCAUGUCUAUCAUGAAAGUAGUUCUUCUGUGCUAUUUUCCAAGUUUCUUUAAGCCAGACACUACAAAAAGUAAUUUUCUUACUUCGUAUUUGUUUUAUUUUCUAGCACAAAUAUCUAAACAUUCUUACAUCAACCUGAGAGGCAAGCCGACAUCUUGCUUCUUGAAAAAUGGAUCAAAAUGAGAUGAGUUCCUGCUUAAAACAAGAAAAAAUAGGGUAUGAAUAAACUUGCUUUAUAAGCCUUUUCCUUAUUAUGAUUUUUCUUACCACAAAUAGUGUUUUCUUGUUUUAAAUUUAAACUUACUUUUUUUUUUUCUCCAGAAAACAGACAGAAAAUCUGAUCUUUAUGCUUCUCAAGUGUAUGUUAAAUGAUAUUUGUGCUGGAAUGGAAAAAAAAAUACUGAGUAAGAAAGUCACGUUUUGCUAUCAGCAGACAGAAUAAAAUAACACAUGGGUUUAGAAUAACAUCAAGUUGAGUAAAUAAUAAAAUAAAAUGUACGUUUUCGGGCGAACUAUUCCUUUCUCUAGAAAAUGGUUUUUUUUGUUUGUUUGAUUGUAAAUGAGUUUAAACCUUAUCCAGAGAGUAAUUCAUUCUGCUUUAUGAGGUGGUGGCUUUGGGACCUCACACUUAAAUGAAGCCAGGCUUACCAAGAAAACAUUCCAAUGAGUUCCUGAUCAAUCAAACGCUUUGAAUAGCAAUGAUCCUAAAAUGACAAUCAAAAGUGUUUUUAAUUUAAGCCAUCUGACAGAUGUGUCAAAGCUGGACACACUGUCACACCAAUGUAUCCUGGAGCCUGAAUAAUCAUAAUCAUCUGUUAAAUUGUGAUAUUUAUUUGUACAAUUGAUAUUGAAUUUGUGUCAAAGAUUUACAUGCAGUUAUCCAAAUUUCAAGUGUUUUUUUAGGUGAUGCUGAUCUUGUGCAGUCCACAUAGGUCUGAAUGUUCCACCUGUUUUAAUAGGACAUCCUUGUAGCAUUGACAUAUGCCUGGUAAAAUUAGGUUAAUGUGGUUCCUUUUCCUAAAUAGUGACCUCACGGUGGUUAGAUUAGGUUAGACUGGUUCUUCAUUCAUUAGAAUACUUUCAACAUGUGUCAUGGUUUUAGGGGCAGCAGUUAAUUCUGAAUGAUUGUGUUGAGACAUAUGGAUGAUGUGCAUCGUAAACUCUUUUUCUUCUCUAAGGUAAGGAUAAAGUAGUCUGGUUCUCUCCUUUGUAUUUGAGAAAGGGUUGAGCAGCUUUCUCUGGUCCAGCGGGUGAGCCCAGAAUGCCUGUUGUGCCAACUGAAUGGCUGGGACAGAACAGCAGUGUCCACAGUCCUCUUUAUGACACCUCUCUCUUUAACCCCAGCUCAUGGGACGGGUGAGGUUGAUGUUAGAUAGGAAGGGAUAGGCUGAUCUGCCAUGUUCAUUCACUUGCCACUGGUUUUGUCAUUGCAGUUUUUAUCCAUAAUAAACCUGUCAUUUCUCUAAA